AUGGAGCCGCCGGAUCUGCUUCCCCGUCUGUUCGACCCGGAUUUCCAAACGCCUCUCAUUCUAGGCGAGUCGUUGGAUUUCUCGGAUUCUGAAGAGUCACAGUUUGUCGGUGCGUUUUCAGACGGCCUGUGGGCCAAGUCUGAGCCCAUCCUGUCUAUGUCUAGUUUUCAGAAGCCCGCUGCCGGCUCUGUGCUCGAUUACGCCUCCACGCGGUCUUUGCAUGAUGCUGGCUCGUACUCGACAUACGGCCAGUCUCCAUACGUGACUACUUCCCUCGUUCCCUCGCCAAUGCCCGACCAGGCUAGCCAGAUCUCGGAUUGUGUGCCAUACAUCCCCAACAACGAGUAUGCUAGCUCGUACGAAGAGUCUCAGUCCCCCAUGAUGGGUGCCCGGCCUCGCCAAGUGCCCGAGAUCGUCACAUAUAGCCCUCAGCGUGGCUGCGAGGGUACUCGGGUAGUGGUGCAGAUUCAGUCACCCUUCGACCUGCACAGCUCAUCCUACGGCGCCUUGUAUAUUGUCUUUGGCAGCAAGAAGUGCGAAUGCAACCCGCACUUCCUCGGCUUCCAGGGCAGCACUUUCCAGUAUGGCCUGUCCGCGGAUGCACCGUCAUUCAUCUCAACUGGUUCUCCCUCCGUGGCGGUGCCCAUACAGGUUGUUCUCGAGAGUCAGAGUGACUGCAAGCCAACGACCCUACAGGUCGGUGUGUACACAUACGAGCAGGUGGCUCAGCCCUCCUCUACCCAGUCGCGUAAGAGAAAGUUCUCGUCUUACUCAGACAACGCUGUCGCUGCUGCGGUGCCGGCUAAGCGGCCCGCUUCAUCCCAAGUCGUGCCCAAGGUCGAGCCACAAGAGAAUUAUACCUACCGGGACAACCGCUCUGCUUCCUAUUCGCCUUAUCUGCAACCCCUCCCCGCCAUGGCAGGCUUCGUCACUCCGUUCCACGCUGCCCCUUCCCCUCGUGCUGGAUCUACCCAGUUCUCGACUGUCUCGGUCACCCCUCAGCCGGCGCUGCGUGCCCCGUCUCCCCUCACCCCGGUCUGGAGUCCGUCCUACGUCUCUGGUCCCAACGACCUGCGGGCUCAAGGCGUCAUUAUGGCACAUGCCAUGUCCCAGCACCGGGGACCCUCGCCAGUGCGAACUUCCAACCCUACCCUGAUCCGCACUUCUACCUUGCAACAGGCGAGCGGUCUCAGCCAGAGCCAGAUCUUCAACCCGUAUGCCAUGUAUCCGGCCAAGGCUGUUCUGAAACUGAACGGCGACCUGAAUGCCAUGGGCUCCGGUUGGACCCCAGAGGAGGUGGAAUGCCAGCGUCGUCUGGUGCAGUUCACCCGCUCCCAGACCGGCAGCACGAUCAAUGCGGAGUUCAAGCCCGUGACUCCCGAGGACCGCGCACCCAACAGCAUCUGCAUUAGCUGCAUUCGCUGGGAGGGCAAAGAAGAGUGCUUCGUCACGAGUGUUGACACGAUUUACCUGCUUGAAUCGUUGGUUGCUGUGCGCUUCACUGUCGAGGAGAAGAACCGCAUCCGACGAAACCUCGAAGGGUUCCGCCCGCUCACUGUCUCAAAGGCCAAGGCCGACAGCGAGGAGUUCUUCAAGGUCAUCAUGGGCUUCCCUGCACCCAAGCCGCGAAACAUUGAGAAGGAUGUGAAAGUGUUCCCAUGGAGCAUCCUUGCCGAGGCCUUGAGAAAGAUUAUUGGAAAAUAUUCUGCUAGCUAUUCGUCUACUGCCGGGGUGCUGCCAACGCCUAUGACAAACUACGCCAGCCAUGGCACUGGUUCCGAGUCCGGGACCGAGCCUCAUGGUGCUGGUUCCCCCCAGUCGAUCUCCGAUUCUGGCCCGGUCAACGCAUAUGGCCACCACGCCUUGCCUGCUCCGAUAUAUGGCCCGCAGACCGAUCAGUCUUGUGCUUCAAUAACUGCUGCUCCUGAUCUUCGCUCAGUGAUACCUUCCGUUAGCCAGCCAUACUCCUCAGUUGGGACGUAUUCAUAUCCGGCCAUGUGUCAUCCCCACAGCGUCCACGGCCUCGUCGCUCCGACUCCGCGGACAUCCUGGGAGCUGCGCAGUCUCGGAGCUACUACUCCCUCGACCGGUGCAUCGGCCAACACAUGCUACACGUACCUGGACCCCGUGUACCCCCUUCACCACGCGGCACCUGGCCCCUGA